AAGUGAGGCAUAUUGUUAGUUUCAGUGCGUACAGGUCGGUGACGCUAAGCUGGGUGGAAACGACUGGGAAAGUCGACGACGCAUGACAUGGAGAGACCGAUAUUCACACGGAAAUGCCGAGAGUGUACGUCGCAGAGCGGAGUGAACAUUCAACAAACGAAGUGCAGCCUGGAGAGGCGUGAGAGGCGUGAGUGGCGCGUAGGCACGUGGAUAAGUGGAGCCGAUGGCGGCACCACACCUCUUCAACCCUCAAUCCGGGCAGCAUCAACGAUCAGACCAGACCAUUAACAAGCUUGGGAGCCACCAAGUGCUGUAGGCAGACUGUCCUGGCGGUAUAUUCGCACUACAAGGGAGCAGAGUACCAGAUUUCAUGCCGGAGUCCUAAGCCUUCCACCUACUGCACACAACUUCGUAUGGACCCUCACGCAACGACUAGUAAGACAAAUUGUUUAACGUAUCAAAUCACAAGCGAUGCCGGACAUUGACCACUUCUCCGACUCAGAGGGGUCUUUCCACUCUUUCGACGACGAGGAACCAUCACCACCUGCAUCAACCCAUCUGCCACCGCACGGACAAACAGACAUACAUAGUCCGACACCACACUCGGAAACCGCAGCAUCGAACAGCAGACGGACAAACCGCCGAAGCUCAGCCCAUGACCCCGAUCCCGACCAUGACCCAAAUAACACAUCAUCCAUUGCCGCCACCAACCGCUUCGCCCCCGCCGAAGAAGCAACCCUCCUAGCCGAAUCCAACUCCCUCAAAGGCUCCGGGAACACCUUCUUCGGUUCGGGGAGCUACGAAAACGCCAUCCAAACCUACGACAAAGCGCUAUCAUCAUGUCCGAAUUACCUGGAUUAUGAAGUCGCCGUGCUACGCAGCAACAUCGCGGCGUGUCAUUUGAAGCUGGACGAAUGGAAGGAAGCUGUUGACUCCGCGACCAAGGCAAUCGAGGUGUUGGAGAGGGUGGAGCCGCUUCCGGUCGUGAAGAAGCAAAAGAAGAAGAAAACGUCGGGGUCAAAGUCACCGGACGAGGACGGCGACGUUAACGAAGCCGACGAUGAUGACGACAACGACGACGAUGCCAACGACGACGGAGCAGUCCAAGAGCUCUCCCCAGCCCUAGCCGCCCGCAUCGACCUCCUCCAACAAUCCGGCCACACCCUGUCCCAAAUCCGCGCGCUGCAAACCAAACUCCUCCUCCGCCGCGCCAAAGCCAACGCUCAACUCUCCACCUGGCAGUCCCUGCAAGCGGCAAACGAAGAUUACAACACUCUUCUCCACCCCACCAUGGUCGCGACUCUAUCCGCUUCGGAUCACAGGACCGUAGUUGACGCGGCACAGAAAUUAGCGCCGCGAUUGAAGGAGGCGCAGGAGAGGGAGGUGGCGGAGAUGAUGGGGAAGUUGAGGGGACUCGGGGAUAGUAUUUUGAAGCCAUUCGGGUUGAGUACGGGGAAUUUCAAUUUUGUCAAGGAUGAGAGGACGGGGGGGUAUAGUAUGAAUUUCUCGCAGAAUCCGGGAAAGUAGAGUGAAGCUGGUAGUUCGAGUGAGAGUUUGCGUGGAAUCUGCUUUCCGUUUCUUUUUGGUUUUCCAUGCGUGGUAUCUGUACUUACUCACCGUGACGCACGCUCACGCUCUGCGAUGUUACAGCGCUGCGGCUGGCAUGCUCGAGAAGAGUGCCCCCUCGGCCAGCUGAUGUGGCCGCUCGCGACAAGCGCACACCCUGCAAUCGCUUGCCCUCCACCAUGAGCUUCAUACCUUACGCUCGGACUCCGCUUCUCAUGCCACAGGUCACUCCACCUCCUCAAUCUUUCCCUUCCCCUUAUCCAGCGUCGCGCCGGCCUUCGCCUCACCCUCUUUCUC